AGCGCCACACUCGCCACUCCCCCCUCCUCCGCCCUGCAGACCCCUCCCUGCAGACCCCCGAGGGGGCCGGACUCCGCCCAGCCGCGCAGAAGGCACCGCCUCCCCGACCUGCGUCCUGUCACUCAUCGAGAAGUUUGAGCGCGAGCAGAUCAUCGUGGUUCCUGACAUCACCGGGGGUGCUCUGUGUCCCCGCCUCCCUGACCCCGCCUCCUCCUCCCGACCAUCAUCACCGCCAUCAUCGUCAUCGCCCACCCCUCCCCCCGCUGACGAGGAGCCGCCCUCUGAGCUCAAAGGUCAUGAUGACAUCACACCGAGAGGAGACGGCGAGCGGCACGAUGACCACGAUGAUGACGAUGAUGACGAUGAUGAAGAGUUGGCGGCAGCGUGUCGUGAUGAACUCCAUCAGAAACGUCUCUCCAUGGAGUCGGGUUACAGCGCCUCAGAGAAACACCUGGAGGACGACAUGGUUGCCGUGGAGAUGAGGGAGCAACUACAACAGCAACCGCCGCCGCUGCUCGACCAAUCAGAGCUUCCGUCUGAGCGUCUGUCCCUCCCCUCCUCGCAGACGGAGGGGAAGCUGGCCAAUCGCGACAGCGGCAUCGACAGCAUCAGCUCUCCGUCGCACAGCGAGGAGCUCUGCUUCGCCGGCGUGGAUGAUGGGGGGGUGGCCUAUCCAUGCAGCCCCGCCCUCCUGCCUCGCCUCUCCAGCUCGUCCUCGUACGCCGGCGAGGGAGGGGAGGGGGUGGAGGGGGAGGCACGGGGCGGAGCCAGGAGGAGGAGGGAGUUCUCUGAGGAGGGUGACAGUGACUUGGAGGAGGAGGAGGCGGAGCUUACGCUGAUGCUGCCCCGCCCCAAGACGGACAGACAGGACUCUACUGAGGUGAGGCAGAUGAAGCUCCGCCCACAGCUGUCUGUCCAGCAGAGAGUCUUCAACAUUGCCAAUGAGCUGCUGCACACAGAGAUCGCCUACGUCUCUAAGCUCCACCUGCUGGACCAGGUUUUCUGCGCCCGGCUCCUGGAGGAGGCGCGGUCCCGGUCCUCGUUCCCCUGCGACGUGGUUCAGGGGAUCUUCUCCAACAUCUGCUCCAUCUACUGUUUCCACCAGCAGUUCCUGCUGCCGGCGCUGCAGAAGCGCAUGGAGGAGUGGGACUUGAACCCGCGGAUUGGGGACAUCCUGCAGAAGCUGGCUCCCUUCCUGAAGAUGUACGGCGAGUACGUGAAGAACUUUGACCGAGCCAUGGAGCUGGUCAACACCUGGAUGGAGAGAUCAGCUCAGUUCAAGGCCAUCAUCCAGGAGAUCCAGAGGGAGGAGCGCUGCGGGAACCUGACCCUGCAGCACCACAUGUUGGAGCCGGUCCAGAGGAUCCCUCGAUACGAGCUGCUGCUCAAAGAUUAUCUACACCGUCUGCCGGAGGAUGCGCCUGACCACAGGGACGCUCAGAAGUCUCUGGAGCUGAUCGCCACGGCAGCAGAACACUCCAACGCUGCUAUCAGGAAGAUGGAGCGGAUGAGGAAGCUGUUGAAGGUAUACGAGUUGUUGGGAGGAGAAGAAGACAUCGUCAACCCGACAAAUGAGCUCAUCAAAGAAGGACACAUCCUCAAACUGUCCAACAAGAACGGGACAACACAGGACCGAUACCUCAUCCUGUUUAAUGACAGGCUGCUGUACUGCGUCCCCAAGCUGCGUCUGAUUGGACAGAAGUAUGGCGUCCGCGCUCGUAUUGAUGUGGACGGGAUGGAGCUGAAGGAGACCAGCAGUGCUGCAGUUCCCAGGACGUUCCUGGUGUCUGGAAAACAGAGAUCCCUGGAGCUGCAGGCCAGGACGGAGGAGGAGAAGAAAGACUGGAUUCAGGCCAUCCAGGCGACGAUCCAGAGACACGAGCAGACGAUGGACAGCUUCAGACAUCUCACCUGCUCACUGCGAGACGACGAGUCCACGCCGCCGCACUCCCCGAGCUGUGUGGAGUUGGGGAAACGAGCUCCGACUCCGAUCAGAGAGAAGGAGGUGACUCUGUGCAUGAAGUGUCAGGAGCCCUUCAACUCCAUCACCAAGAGACGACAUCACUGCAAAGCCUGCGGACACGUGGUUUGUGGGAAAUGUUCAGAGUUUCGUGCUCGCCUUUCGUACGACAACAACCGCACCAACCGAGUGUGUGUGGACUGCUACGCCAUGCUGGUGGGAGCGACGCCGUCGCCCGCCGCGCUGAGCAGCAGCAGCCAGAGGAGGCGCUCCAUCCUGGAGAAACAGGCCUCCCUGGCAGCAGAAAACAGUGUGAUUUGUAGUUUUCUUCACCACAUGGAGAAAGGAAGUGGGCGGGGCUGGCAGAAGGCGUGGUUCGUCAUCCCUGAGAACGAGCCGCUGGUGCUGUACAUCUACGGGGCGCCGCAGGACGUGAAGGCGCAGCGCAGCGUGCCUCUGAUUGGCUUCGAGGUCUCCCUCCCAGAGUCAUGUGACCGCCUGGAGCGACGCCACGCCUUCAAGAUCUCCCAGAGUCACCUGACCCUGUUCUUCAGCGCAGAGGGGGAGGAACUGCAGCGGCGAUGGAUGGACGUCCUGCUGCGGGCCGGGAGAGGGGAGGAGCCUCAGGUCCACCGUCCAAUCGUGGAGAGUCUGGAGGAGGAGGGGGAGGAGCUACUGGCUGCAGCUGAGGGAGAGAACACGUGAUUCUAUUGGACAAGGACGGACGGACCAUGAAGAUCAAUAAUCCUUAUGGGAAACCAUUAAAACCAGUACACACAGAUAUUUAACACACACGCACACUGCAUGAUGUUUUUUGUUUUUUUAACCUGUGUCGUCACGCAGCAAGGUGGGCGGAGCUUCUUCUCCCACAGUAAAUCCUCACAGGACACACUGCUUUUUCUCCCUUCAGUUUGGUCUGAAACACUACAGUACCCAUAAGCCUCAGCUGCCGUCACCAUAGAGACGCGUCCACCUAGAGCUGUGAAAUCAGAGAUGUAUCAUGUAAAGAAGCUCUCUGAUUGGACGUUUCCUGGAACAUGAAGCACAUUUUGUCAGCAGGACGCCUCGCUGUCAGCGAGCGCCAUCACGUCUUUACCUUUAAAUCUAAAUCUGAGAUCUGAUCUGAGAGCAGCCGGCAUCUCUCUCUCACACACACACACACACACACACACACACACACACACUUUUAUCUAUCUCAGAGUGAACACACAAAAACACUUUUUCAGCUUUCUGCAGUGAGCCGGCUGAGUCUCAGACACUCGUACGGGACAAUUCUGCACCUGCUGGUUUAUGUCCAUCACCAGCGCUCAGAUGCAGGAUUGUUGGACACGAUAUUUUUUUGUUUCUUUUAGCCGGACCGGUCCCACUGAGAUUACGAUCUCUGUUUUCUGUGGAAGUCGUGAAAGGCAGCACAAGAUCCAAACACGCGAUGAUGAAGAGACACGAACAGAAGAACAGACGAUGUGACGUUAUAAAAACAUCCAGCGACUGUGAAGACUCCGUCUCUCUGAAAACAUUCACAGAAAUCAAACAUCCUGCAGAGUUUUUCAGUCUGACGCUGCAGAAUUCACCUGAAGCUGUUUCCCCAACCUCUGAAUAUUUGCUGUACACAGCUGACAUCUGUCCAGCUCCCUGCUGUCAAAGACAGUUUGACGUCACCAUCCUCAGACACAAACAAACAAGGUGGGUUUCCAUUAACUCGAAACUGCACCAACUGCAAAUAUUAAAUACAUCUAAUGGAAACAUCAAUUUGGAAAAAAAUUCCCAUUUUUCACAAAAGUUUUUCCUCUGGCAUGAGGUGGUACUUUAGGCGACUAUAAAAAGCCAUAUUUGUCCAAACUGCAGUGGAAACACUUUUUUGGCUUUUCUAGGUCACAUGAUGCUGUGAGG